UUUCAAUAAUAAUGACUUGUCAAGAAUAUGUGUGCACUUUCUAUUGUUUCAAACUACUUCAGUAGGGCACAAAUUGAUAAGCGUUGUAAGCGGAAGUAACAAUGAAGGGAUUGUAUUAAUACAGACUCCUCAAGGUUUUAUUCCAAUUCAUCAGCAUGAUCGACGACCUUUCAGCCAAAACGUUGAUCAAGCAAAUUUUAACGAUCAAGCGAGAUUAGAAGCUGAAGCGGAAGCUGCACGUGUCCAACAGCUUCAAGCACAAGCCGAAGCAGAAGCUCGUGAAGUAGCAAAGAUUAAAGCAGAAAGCAAAGACGUAGAAAAUGAACUUUCAAGUUUCAACACUCGAUUCAACGUAUGGCUCAAAGCUUUCCAAGAUAGGUUUCAAGUGAUUCUAGACUCAGAGCAUCUGUUGGUCAGUCAAUUGGCUAAAAUAAUUGAGAACAGCCCAGCCGAUUUCAAAGAAGUCCACGGCAAAACGCUGGAAAGCCUACGCCUGGGUUGGCAGAAUAUGAAACUGAAGGUCCAUCAAAGAGUGGAAAACCAAAAGCAGCUUUUGUUGCAACGAUGGAUCAGAUUGAACACAAUCGGCGGCGAGCUCGUGAUCAAGCCACCCCACGAGUUUGACCCGAAAAACGCAACUCUGCGAGACAUCUGGCGCGCGGAGGUUCAGCAUUGGCAGGAUGCCAAGCAGAAUCUCAUAGACGAGUCGAUGCUCAUGCUCGAUGUCGACAUCAUCAUCGUGUCCGAGACCAUCUCGACUUUCGUAAAAACGGCAUUGGUGAAGCUCGAGAGCGUCGCGCAAAAAGGCAGCCAGCACUUCGAGGUGCUGAAGCAACUCUCCCAAGCGAUCUUGAGCAAAUCGCGCGAGCUCGGCAUUAAGCUCGACGGCAGUGUCUCGACGACCGAAGGUUCCUCGAGCUUCUUGGCGAAAAUCAAGGAGAUCGUCGCCAGUGGCGCGGACAAGGCUCACGGAGUCGUUCACAGCGCCGGCAAUGGAGCUCAGGAUGCCACCGAGAUAGCAGCUGGCACCGUUCAAGGCGUAGUGAGCGGCUUGGCCGAGGGUCUCCACGGCGUUAUCCACUCGGCCGCUAAAGGCGUCGAGGGGGCCGCCCACGGAGUCGUCGGAGUUGCCGAAGGUGUCGUGAACGGAGCAGCGGGCGGCGCCGCCAAUGUAGUCACUGGAACCAUCGGCGGGGUCCAGAACGUCGCGCACGGAACUGCCCACGGCGUCAAGACCGUAGUAGGAGGAGCACUCGAUGUCGCCGGUAACGUGGCCGUCGGAGUCCAAGGCGCCGUCGAAGGAGCAGUCGGCGGUGCCGCUAAGAUCGCCGGUGGGGCAGUCUCCGGAGCCAAAGCUGUUGUGGGAGGAGCAGUUAGCGGGGCUGCCAAUCUCGCUGGCAAAGCAAUCACUGGAGCAACGAAUGCCGUGAGUGGAGCAGUUGAAGGUGCUUCCAAGAUCGCCGGGCAAGCUGCUGCUGGAGCCAAAACUGUUGUGGAAGGCGCCGUUGGUGGUGCCGCUAAAGUCGCCGGCGGAGUAGCCGGUGGAGUUAAAACUGUUGUCGGAGGGGCCGUUGGUGGAGCCGCAAAGAUCGCAGGAAGUGCAGUUACCGGGGCCAAAACUGUCGUAGGUGGAGCCAUCAAUGGUGCAGCAAAUAUUGCUGGCGGAGUAGCCUCUGGAGUCUCUGGUGCUGUGAAAGGCUUCGGUAAUUUGUUAGGUGGAAUCUUCGGUGGAGCCUCCGUGAAGGAGGUAGAGCACGAAGAACACCACGGCCAGCAUCACGGACAGCACCACGAGCGACCUCAUGGUCCUCCGGCUAAAGUUGAACAACAGCCCGAACUACCUGUGAACAAGGAGUUAUUGACCGAUGAAGAGAUAGAAGCAAUUAAGGGUGGUAUUGGAAAACUCGAUGCGAGAACAUUGACUAACUAA